AUGAGUGCAGUUCAAUUUACAUGUAAUUCAUGUGUUAUUCAAUUUGUAUCUAGUGAUUUACAAAGAUAUCAUAUGAAAACAGAAUGGCAUAGAUAUAAUUUGAAGAGAAGAGUGGCUAAGUUAACACCAAUAACCGCUGAUGAGUUUGCUCAAAAACUUCAAAUAUCAGAGUUAGAAAAAGGUGGUCAUGAUUAUGAUGAAUUUGGUUUUGAAAUUAUUUCUGUCAAUGGCAAUACUGAUAUUAAGCAUAACAAACGUGGAAAAGCUAAGCAUCGUCAUCACCAUCAUCAUCACCAUCAUAGUCACGGUGAUAGAGACUCGAAGAAUGCUAUAAACGCCAACGAAAAAGCAAAAGAUGCAACUCCAAAUGACAAUGAUGAUGCUGAACCUAAUACUGAAAGACGAUCUUCAGUAUCCUCGAAAAUAUCAAAAUUAUCAAUAGACAGCGAAGAAUCAAACUUUGAUGAAGAUGCAGGAUUUUCUGAUUACGCUUUUACCUCUGAUUCAAAUUAUACAUCAACUGAAGAUGAAUACGACUCAGCAACUGAUCUAAGUGAAUAUUCAUAUAAUGAGAAUGCCGAUGGUUCUGUUACUAUUACCGAAUGUAUUUAUUGUGGUGUAAAUAACAAGGAAAUGGAGAGGAAUAUUAAGCAUAUGUUCUCCAAACAUGGUUUAUAUUUACCUGAAAGAUCUUACUUAGUUGAUGUUUCCGGCCUUUUAAUGUUUUUAAUUGAAGUAAUUGUUGUAAAUUACCAAUGUUUAUGUUGCCCGUUCAGAGGUAAUUCAUUGGAAGGUAUCAGGGCUCAUAUGAAUUCAAAGAGACAUUGUCGUCUGCCAUACGAAACGACACAAGAAAAAAAUAUGUUCAAAGACUUUUAUGACUUCAGUUCUUUAGAAGAACGUAAUAGAGAAAUAAUAAGAAAGCCAACAGAAGGAAAGCAAUCAAUUAGAUUUCAGGAAAGUGAUGAUUUUGAUGAGUUCGAGCAAGAUAUUUCUUCAAUUAUUAAAGAGCACAAUAUAAACUCAAAUUUUUCUGCGUCGGAAUUUGAUGAUUCUCAUUUAAGGAUUAAAUCACCAAAUGGAUCAAUUGCUGGUCACAGAAAUAGUUUGAGACAAAAUAAACAACGUAAACCGAUCCAUGAAGAAUCUAGUGAAAGCAAGACAGCAGUGACAGCUUCCGAUAAGAGACUAGUGAGUGGUGUCACAGAAAAGGAGUUCAAAAAGGGUUUGAAGAAAAUGCAGCAAACUGAAAAGAGAGCUGUUGAUGAACACUUCCGUGCCUCUGUGAAGAGAAUGAAUUUCCAAACACACUUCAGAGAUGAAUUACUACAAUAA